AUGGGGUCUCAAGGUACCAUGGAUUCAUUUGUUCAUGUUUUUCUGAUAUCAUUUCCUGGUCAAGGACAUGUUAAUCCAUUGCUUAGACUUGGCAAAUGCCUUACUUCAAAAGGAGUUCUUAUCACUUACUGCGUACCAGAAUGUGUAGGCAAGGACAUGAGAGCAGCCAACAAGAACAUAAUUAGUGAUGAGCCAACUCCUUAUGGAGAUGAGAUCGAAAAAGAGAUACUGGACUACAUGCCUAAUUUUUUGCCCAUCAAGACCGUUGGUCCACUACUAGUCGAAGAUCCAAAAGUUGAACAAGAUAUUCGUGGUGACUUGGUGAAGGCUGGUAGCUCCAUCACCGAAUGGCUCAAUUCCAAGCCAUCAUCCUCAGUUGUUUACAUUUCUUUUGGUAGUAUUGUUGUACCAAGCCAAGAACAAGUCGAUGAAAUUGCUUACGGAUUAUUGAAUUCGAGGCUAAAUUUCUUGUCGAUCAUGAAGUCGCCCCAAAAAAAUUUGUCCUUUCCCAGAGUAGUCUUGCUAUAA